AUGGCGUCGUAUCCAUAUCCAAUAACAGAUGAUCCGCAAUUUUACUCAGAACAAGAGCGCAAUAAAACUAAUGACGGAAUGAAAUCGAUAUCAUUGUUGCAACAACCUUUAUUAAUUUCAAGUGAACUAUUUGAUGAUGUAUUGAAUGUGACUUUCUUUCCUUUACAAAGAACAUAUACAAUUGCUUAUGGUACAGAUGUGGUAGUAACUAAUACCAGCCAUUUUGAUCAUAGCACAUCACGUGAUGAUAAGUCUGUCUAUUCUUUACGAACUGCCGACGAUUUUAAUUCGAAAAUUGAUCCUGUCUUUCUUAUUACCAUUUGCAUUUCGAUAGGUUACAUGGAAUGA